AACCAACGGCGUGGGCACGGGUGAGGUUAAUUAUCGAUAGAAACAGGUGAGGAUUUAUUGUACAAAAUGUUUUAAACCAGGGUUAUAAAGACGGAAGGGUUUUACCACUAAAAACCACAAGUUACGGGAUUUCGCAUGCGCAGAUAUUUACAAAACAUUGAGAAAUUUAUUAUAAAACAAGGGGAGAAUACUAAAUACAGUCUGUCACUUAAGUAUACAUACGUUCGUUGCACCACUGUCCCGAAUCAACUUCUCUUGACGGUGGUCACUUAUUGAAAAUAUGACUGGAUUUUUUCCAAAAACGAUGGAACUCUUUGCUAGAUUGACUUUCUUCCCGGUUACAAUUUUCUGCGGAAUAGUUGUCGCCUUCUGGUGGAUACUUCGUAAAGAUCUCAUCCAAGCUAAUCCGUUACAACCUGACGAAAGAACCGAAGCGUUCAUUUUCUUGGGCUGGAAAGCAAUAGGGAUGUCAAAAGCGAUAGGCUACAUAAUCGUGGGGGGGACUAUCUCUGCGAUUUACGUUACUUAUAAAACUUUAAAUCGCUCACAAACACUACCGACGGUGAAGUACGGGUGUGGAUCAGAUGGAGGAUUAUUUACCCCCGGAAGUCAUGGAGCUUAUAUUGCGGAAAAGAAUCCUAACCAGUUACGAGAACCAAACUCUGCUCCCAACAGCCAUUCCUAAGCUCGACUAUAGACAGAUUUGGAAAUGGAUAUUUAUUUAAAAUUGGAAAUGAUUGUGCCAUUAUUGAUACAAAAUUGUACAUAUGCACGUUGGUGGGCAAAAUUAUAACCCUAUAAUGGGCGAGAAUAAUGAAAAUAAUAAAUUUGUAUGUAACUAUUCAACAUAAAAGG